AUGAAGGUUCCUAUUCCCCGAAUCGCGCGACCCCACCGUUCUGCCUACAGUAGCCGCGUUAGCAAGGCAUGUGUGACAUGCAGAGAGAAGAAAAUCAAAUGUAACGGCAGUCAUCCGUGUUGUGGGUGCAUCAGCAACGCUACUACGUGUCUUUAUACGGCUGGGAAGCGGGAGAACACAUCGAGACGCUUGGCAGAGCUCGAGUCUCAGAUAAGACUGUACAAACAGCUUUUGUGGCAUUUGCAAUCCAAAGUUAAUGCCUGCGACCGAGAACUCAUUAGUAGGACCCUUGACCAGGUAACAACCUCAUGUAGUAAUAUGAUUUACACCUGGUUGACCCUCUGA